AUGAUGGAAUCUUCUCACUUUCUAGAAGAUCAUCAAGCUGCUUACCGAACUUUGAACGAUCAGUUAGAUAAGGUAUUUGAAAUGGCAAAUGGGGUCUGUCGUCAACUGACUAAUCUUGAUGCAAAAGUCCAACCAGCGGAUGAAAUAAUAGAUCUUUAUGCCCACUAUGAGAAUUGUGAUAGAAUUAUGCGUUCUUUAACGCAAUUGAAAGUUUAUGAACCUGUGGAGAACGAUGAAUAUAGCGGUAGUAGUAGUGGUGGUGGUAGGAAACGACUUCAAUUGGUUAAUCAGUCCAAAUUUAUUUCAAAUUUGUGUGAAAUGCUUUUUAUGAAGUUAAAUACGUUUACUGAUGACUACGUUAAGCACAUUCUCAAUCUCAUAGGUGAUUUGGAUUCGACUUACAACUUGCAAAGAUUAAUGCUAUAUUGGAAACACAUAUCUUCAAUAUACCGAGAAAGUACCAUAAUGUUAACAGAACUGUAUGAAUACGUGCGCCAUAACUUUCCUCAAGUAAAGCGGAAUCUCGACACUUUUGCCGAUAUUACAACUAUGUUAUUAAUCAAUUUUUUCCAAUCUCAUAUGGGAUCCAAAUUUGUAAACCUUAUCGAAGUGUUUGUGAAUAAUGGUAGAUCUGAGAAUCAUCUAGAUACAAAGAUAUCUGGUUCUUUUCUUAAGAAACUCUACCAUCACAACGUGCUUAUAGAUAAAGAUCGUGAUCAGCAUUUUCAAGAUUUUUAUUUCGAAUACCUUUCCAAGUACGUGGAGAAUAAAGUGGUAAUUCCAAUGAAUAUUGAUUAUAUGAAAAAUUUGAAAAAACAAUUGGAACUCAAUGCCAAGCUAACUUUAUCAAUAUCACCUACAAUGAUAGAAAAAGCUAAUGACAUUUUCUUGCAACAUACGAUUUUAAAAGCAGAAACCGCAUCUCAAUUGAUGGAAGUGGAAAAGGAUAAUAUAAAGUUCUAUUCAGUUAAAGCACCUGAGCGUUACUUCCCUUUCCCAAAAGAAAAUUUCUCUCUGCUGAAAAUUGCAUUUGAAUCCAGAGGUAGAACGAUGGAAUUGGAAAGGGUUUUCAAGAAACUAUCAAGAAAGCUACUUAAAAGAGCUCAUCCAGACCUUGAAAGAUUAUUUUCAGAGGCUUGCAAGUUAAUUUUAUUGGUUUCCGGUUACCCAAAUUUUGGAGCUAUUUCUCGAGAGGAAAUAACUAAAAUUCUAGGCGGUCCUUUGAACACCAUGGAAUUAUAUGUACGCUUUUGCGAAUCGAGUAUCCGCAAAGUUAAUCGUGAUAAAAACUUAAGGGAUCAUUAUGUUGGGUCACCUUCAAUUUUCCAAGCACCCAUUUUACUGGAAAUAAAUGCAGCUGUAUUAGAUCUCUACUCUAGAUCUCUCUUCAGGCGGGCAAUAAUGCAAGGUGCUAAUUCUGUUCUCAAAUCUUUAAAAGAUCCAGACAGUUUAGAAUUUCAGUUGAUAAACUUCUUCCGUGACAUCUAUGGUACUAGUUCUGAAUUCCGUAAUUUAGAAGCUACUACUGAAAUUGUUCUCAAAGCAUUUUAUUUAAAUUCGAGUUUCGAACAGAGCUCAUCCAAUAAAAACAAGUUCAUCCAGCCUUUGGUCUUUGAAAAAAAAAUGGUACCAGAAAUAUACCAACGAGGUGACAAUGAGGACAUUGUUUUACCCCCUGAACUAGUUGAAUCAUGGGAAGAAUUUAUGAAGCACUUCAACUCGACAGACAAAAAGCCGGAACUGAAAAAAGUACAUCCGGUCCACCAUCUGCAACACUGUGAAGUUUCAACACCUUAUAAACUGAAGAGCGGCAAGGGAUUGUCCCUUGAACUGACGCUAUAUCAAACUUGCCUCCUAUCCUUAUUCAACGAUUAUGAAGAGUUGGAAUUUAAUGAAAUUAUGAGCAAGCUGAGAAUGACUAAAAGCACACUGGAUGUUGUUUUAAAGUCAUUCACAGAUGUAGGUCUUCUCAUCUUACAGGGAAAUACCAAAUACACUUUAAACAAAAACUACAGCCCUGACAAAAGGAAAAUAAAAGAUGGUAAAUUACGAAUACCCCUUUUAAGACCAAUUUCUUCCUCCGGUCGUAGUGACUCGAAUGGAAGUGUGGUAAUAAGUUCUCAACAUCACGAAGGUCAUAGUUCUCAAUGGAAACAAGAACUUCUGAAAGCAUGUAUCGUAAGAUCUUUGAAAGGAGAAAGUAAUGGCCUGAAUCUUCCAGAAUUGUUUAACAAGGUGGAAUCGCAAUUACGAGGGAUCAGUAUUGGUGAAUUUAAGGAUGCGCUCGAUAAAAUACUGAAAGAUAGAUUUAUUAGGUACAGAAACGAUCGCUACUUGUACUAA